CCAAAAUAAAAUGUCUCAUGAAUAUUAAUUACGUGACGCGCGCCAGUCUGCUGGCCAAUGAGCGAAGCCUGCUGUGGACGAGGCGUGGCUUAUGAAUAUUAAUCAGGAUGUGUGUCAGGAAGGUUACCAAUCAACUCGAUUAAUAUUCAUGAGCUCAGGUUUCCCCGUGAUUCUGCCUCCGGUUCACUCAAACCGAACAAAACUGGGGUGUUAUUUAUCACUUUAUUAAAUUAAAUUGUUAUAAAUAUUAUUACACUGUUUCUAAUCGCAAAGCGCGUGCGUGACGCGUCGGUGGGCGUGUCCGGUAAGCCUGACGUCACACCUCCGACCGUACCGAGAGGCUGAACCGAGUCCGCCGCCGAAGAACCGCCUUCAGCAGCAGCGCGCUGGGGUCCAGAUGUGUGGCGGUUAACUCAGGGAAUCAAGCGCCAUGGCUCGGGUCGGUAACGGAGCGGACGGCGCGGAACCGGAGGAGGACUGUUUUGAAGAUGCUUUCGAUCGCAUUCCAGUACAAUAUAUAUCAUAUACAAAGACACAAUCUCGUUCAUCACCGUUUUCUGUAUUUCAGGAUGAAAACAUGAUCAGUUUUAUUAAAGGAGGAAUCAAAAUACGCACAAGUUAUCAAAUCUACAAGGACUGCCAGAGUUCGUUGAACAUGUCUCAGGGAGUGGGCGGAGACAGCGAGGCCUUCAGACAGUUUGAGGGCGGAGUCAAGCUGGGGAUUGGCUCCUUCAACCUGAUGCUGUCUUUACUACCUGCACGAAUCCUUCGACUGCUGGAGUUUAUCGGCUUCUCAGGGAACAGAGACUUCGGUUUGUCGCAGCUGCGGGAAGGCGCCGGCAGUCACAGUCUCAGAUCCGUCCUGUGUGUGCUGACGCUGCUCUUCUACCACACUUACGUCAGUCUGAUUCUGGGCACUGGUGAAGGGAAUCUGGUGGAGGCCGAGGCUUUAUUAGAGCCCUACAUAGAGCGAUUUCCACGGGGCUCAAUUAUCCUGUUUUACUCGGCUCGCAUCGCCUUACUGAGGGGAAACUUUGAGAAGGCGCUGGUGAAGUUCCAGGAGUGUAUCUCGGCGCAGCAGCAGUGGCGUCAGAUCCAUCAUCUGUGUUAUUGGGAGCUGAUGUGGUGUCACUCGUUCCAGCAGCAGUGGAGAGACGCGUAUCGAUACGCAGACCUGCUGUGCCGAGAGAGCCGCUGGUCUAAAGCCAUCUACGUCUAUCAGAAAGCUGCCAUCCUGAGCAUGAUGUCUGAGGAGGAGCUGAAGACGAGCGGAGAGGACGUGGUGGAGCUGUUCAGGCAGGUGGAGGGACUGAAGCAGCGAUUGGCCGGGAAAUCCAUCCCGAUGGAGAAGUUUGCCAUCAGGAAAUCCCGCAGAUACUCAUCAGCCGUGCCCGUUAAACUGGUGAUUCCUGCGCUGGAAAUGAUGUAUGUGUGGAACGGCUUCACUAUAGUUGGGAAACGUGCGGAUGCCACUGAGAGCUUACUGAUCACCAUCGAGAGAGCAGAGGAGCAGCUACGCAACGAUCCCAACCCCUCUGAGUUCCAUCCUGAUGAUCAGUGUCUGGUUCAGAUGUUGAAGGGUUUGUGUUUGAAGCAUCUGGGCCGAUUACUGCAGGCUGAGCUCUGCUUCACACAGGUGCUGAGCAGUGAGAAGCACAUCCGUUACGAUCACUAUCUGAUCCCCUUCACCCUCUAUGAGCUGGGUUUACUCUACAAGCAGCAGGGCGAUUACAUCAAAGCCACGCGCUUCAUCGAGGAGGCCAAGUUGAAUUAUAAGGACUAUUCAAUGGAGUCUCGUCUUCAUUUCCGCAUCCACGCGGCUCUCAGCAGUCUGAAGGGUUCUCCGACAAACUCGCCGUGAUGACAGACGAUCAGCGCUGACGCGGAAGAACACGACAAGCACAUCACGACGGUCACUGAAGCACCAAAGCAGCGCGGCGUAGCGAUCUGUAGAGAAACACAUUCACUGACCAUUUCAAACCAAAGUCGCCGUUCAGUCAUCAGUAACUAGCGGACAUGUACCUCAAACCUGACGAUUUGAACACUUAUUUAUCCAUGUAGUUUAAAUACAGAGUCUUACGUUUGUAAGCAAGUCGCUGACGUCCAAUCAGAAAACAGCUGCUGUAAUGAAUGUAACGUUUUAUUUUAAAGACCAAAUAUGUUUGUCUGCUUGUGUGUGUUACAUUGUGUGCCUGUUGUGUGUGUG